CCAUUGUUCUCGGUGCCCCACGGGCUGGAGCCCAGGUAAAUCCGGAGGGGCCGGGCCGAGCCCGGGGGCGCUUUCGCACGCGGAGCAUCCGCCAGAGCAGGACUUGGUCUCCGGAGAGCAGGACUACUUGUUGAGAUUUGAGGAGGGAGGUGUCUUCUCUGAGAGCCUGGCUGGAGGAGACUGAGGUCAGUGCUUGAAGCCUGAGUGAUCGCCCCAGGAACGUGGAUGAUGGCUGCAGAGGCGCCGAGAGUGACCGCUCCCCUGAGCCCCUUGGUCCAGGUGUCUCAAGAAGAAGAUGGACAGGAGGAGGAGGUCACCACUAUGAUCCUGGAGGAUGACUCCUGGGUGCAGGAAGCUGUACUGCAGGAGGAUGGCCCUGAGUCUGAGCCCUUUCCCCAGAGUGCCGGCAAGGGCAGCCCCCAGGAGGAGGCAGCGGCCGGGGGACCGCAGGGUGCGCUCAGCCGCCUCCGAGAGCUCUGUCGGCGCUGGCUGAGGCCAGAGGUGCACACCAAGGAGCAGAUGUUGACCGUGCUGCCAAGGGAAAUUCAGGCUUGGCUGCAAGAGCAUAGGCCCGAAAGCAGCGAGGAGGCAGUAGCCCUGGUGGAAGACUUGACCCAGACCCUUCAGGAAAGUGAUUUUGAGAUACAGAGUGAAAAUGGGGAGAACUCUAAUCAAGACAUGUUUGAGGAUGUCGAGUCACAUGAGUUCUCAAAAAUGCCCGGAGUGGAAGGCGCUCAGCAAUCCGAUGGGGAAAGUGACUUCGAGAGAGACUGUGGCCCUGGGGGGCCCCAGGGAAACACCCCAGGUGAGGACUGUGGGGAGAUGCCGUCCCAUGGCAGGGAAGUGGGCCAGCUCAUAGGCCUUCAGGGCACCUACCUGGGCGAGAAGCCCUAUGAAUGUCCCCAGUGUGGGAAGACCUUCAGCCGGAAAUCCCACCUAAUCACACACGAACGGACCCACACGGGCGAGAAAUACUACAAAUGUGACGAAUGUGGAAAAAGCUUUAGUGAUGGUUCAAACUUCAGUAGACACCAAACUACUCACACUGGGGAGAAACCCUAUAAAUGCAGGGAUUGUGGGAAGAGCUUUAGCCGGAGUGCAAACCUCAUCACCCACCAGAGGAUCCACACGGGAGAGAAACCCUUCCAGUGUGCCGAGUGCGGCAAGAGUUUUAGCAGGAGCCCCAAUCUCAUCGCUCACCAGCGCACCCACACGGGAGAGAAACCCUACUCGUGCCCGGAGUGUGGAAAGAGCUUUGGCAACCGGUCCAGCCUGAACACACAUCAGGGAAUCCACACUGGAGAAAAGCCCUACGAAUGUAAGGAAUGCGGCGAAAGCUUUAGUUACAACUCGAACCUAAUCAGACACCAGAGAAUCCACACGGGAGAGAAACCAUACAAAUGUACCGACUGCGGGCAGAGGUUCAGCCAGAGCUCGGCUCUCAUCACCCACCGGAGAACUCACACGGGAGAAAAGCCCUAUCAGUGCAGUGAGUGCGGGAAAAGCUUUAGCCGCAGCUCCAAUCUGGCCACGCACCGGAGAACCCACAUGGUGGAGAAGCCCUAUAAGUGUGGGGUGUGCGGGAAGAGCUUCAGCCAGAGCUCCAGCCUGAUCGCACACCAGGGCAUGCACACGGGGGAGAAACCCUACGAGUGCCUGACGUGCGGGGAGAGCUUCAGCUGGAGCUCCAACCUCCUCAAGCACCAGAGGAUCCACACGGGGGAGAAGCCCUACAAAUGUGGCGAGUGUGGGAAGUGCUUCAGCCAGCGCUCCCAGCUGGUGGUGCACCAGCGGACCCACACGGGCGAGAAGCCCUACAAAUGCCUCAUGUGUGGGAAGAGCUUCAGCCGGGGCUCCAUCCUGGUCAUGCACCAGCGAGCCCACUUGGGAGACAAGCCCUACAGGUGUCCCGAAUGUGGGAAAGGCUUUAGCUGGAAUUCGGUUCUCAUUAUACAUCAGCGAAUCCACACAGGGGAGAAGCCCUACAAGUGCCCCGAGUGUGGCAAAGGGUUCAGCAAUAGCUCCAAUUUUAUUACACAUCAGAGAACUCACAUGAAAGAGAAACUUUACUGAAGUGGCAAAGAGGGAAAGUAAGGGGACUGGCCAGAGAAGGAAUUGCCACACUGCCCAAACAGCGAUGUCUCUUUAAAAGAGCUGUUCUUCCCAAAUGCUCUUUGGGGUUUUUGCCAGAAUCUCACCCUUGCUCACUGUCAUUUCUAGAACCCCGUCAUCGUAGUGGUUGGAGUCAAGCCCCACACACGGUCAAGAACAGCGUGUAGGAGCGGAAAGUCUGGAAAGUUGGGUCUUUUUUGGUGACAUUUCACGGCUUAAUUGGCCUCUCUCUCUUGAUUCCUCUGUGCCUCAGUUUCCUCUUUGGUGAAACAGGGAGGAAAUAUUUCUCCAUGUGGAGUGGAAGAUAGCGUGGCCCAUGACAUGGGCAGAGUCCUCAGAGAAUUACUGGAAAUCCAUUAUUGUGGGUCUGGUUGUUUGGCUGCCAUUUUGUUGGGCUUAGGUGCCUUCACCCCAAGCUGUUAGCAUCCAGGGCCCCUUGUCCAAGUUAGAAUCUGCUCUUCCUGGCUUUGGUGUCUUGGGCUUUGGUUUCAGGUAAAGAUGGAAGGGCUUCUCCAAUUCUCAAUCACCCAUGUAAAGCCCCUUUCUAUUUCUAGAAAGUAUCAGGAGCACAGAAACAUGAGGUAUGUCCCGGACCCAGUGUCCC